CAGAGACAGAGAGAGAACGUGUACUGCGUGCUAUCCUCGGCUAUAUAGGAUAGUCGCCGCCGCGUUUUCCUCUCGCGCGAGCCAACUCUGCGUCGUGCAAGUCGUCGUCGUCGUCGCUCUCUCACUUUCUUGGCCUAUAACCUUCGCUUUUACAUACGCACGCACUCGAGGCUGCAAAAGGGGGCCUCUUAUCGUUCGUAAUUAUUGUUGUUAUAAAAACGCACGUUGCGACAGUCGCGAGCCCGCACGCUAUGACGUUGUUACGCGCCUGCAGCUGUGGUGCGCGACUUUGAUUCCGGCAGCUUUCUUUUCCGUUGUUGUUCUUUUCUUUCCUUCGUAUAUAUGUUUAUCCCGUACGAGUGCGAUUGUAAUCGAUGUGCGAAAUUCGGCCUGGCUCGCGCACACAUACACGAGCCUUUUAAAUCGUGCGUGAGAUAAAGUCCAAGAGAGAGAGAGGGUGAGAGAAAGAGAAACAAACAAUACUAUACGUGUUUCUCACAGUUGUCGCUUUACGGGUAGUUCUCUUUUUUUUUCUUUUAUCACGCGCGCGCGAGGGUUUGGGUUGUUUUUGCCUUCCCGAUAAAACCUCGAUAACAAGAUACUCGAGCGUGGCAAAGAUGUCUGUGAAGGUGAGCUCGAUGUCAGUGUGUUAAUAUGCAAAAAAAUAAAAUAGCAUAAAAUAAAAUAAAGCAAAUUAGCCAAGCACCGUGACUCCACAUUAUUGAUUCGGCUGAAAUACAUAUAUUGUUGUUGUCGAAAUUGCAAAAGCUGUGUUUAAGUUGCUCAAGUGAGAGGGAGAUAUUGUCAAAAUGAUGAGAUAUAAGCAGCAGGAGGACUUCGAAGAUGACUACAAUAGCAGCAUCGGAUCCGUAAUAUUGAAUAGCGAUGGGAUAAGUGCCACAGCGACCCACGUGCGCUUCCACUCGGGUACUUCUCUGUGGAGAAGUAGAACGACCCUGGAGAAAUGUUUCUUCAUAGUAUGCGUCUCGCUGAUACUGAUAAUAAUUGUGCUUGCGAUAUCCAUCGGUAGCGAGAGACAUAUUUGUGACCACGGCCGAGGAGGGAUUCUUCACGUGACAUCGGUCAACAAAGAAAAAUCGCAUUGCUUGACGGAACACUGCGUGGCCGUGGCAGCGUCCAUAAUCAAUAGCAUGGACAUGACGAUACAUCCCUGCGACGACUUUUAUCAAUAUGCCUGCGGCGGCUGGAUCAGCAAGAAUCCCAUACCCGACGGCAAAAGCAUAUGGGGCACGUUCGGCAAGCUCGAGCAGGAUAAUCAACUGGUCGUGAAAAAUGUCCUCGAGCGACCCCUCGCCGAGAUGAAAUCUCAAACUGAGAAAAAAGCCAAGCAGUAUUAUUUAUCGUGUUUAGAUGCCAAUGAGACUAUCGAAAAUUUGGGUGCUAAGCCAAUGCUGGAUCUCUUAGAGAACGUUGGUGGCUGGAGUAUAAGUGGAAAAUUUGACGUUAAAAGGUGGUCAUUCCAAGAGAACAUGCACGUGCUUCAAAAUGUUUACAAUAUGGGGGGUCUGUUUUCCUGGGCCGUGAGCGAAGACGAUAGAAAUAGCAGUAGAUAUAUUAUUGAAAUUGAUCAAGGUGGUUUAACGUUACCAACGACUGAUAAUUAUCUAAAUAAAACCGAACACGGCAAAGUUUUGGUGGCUUAUUUAGAUUACAUGACCAAGAUCGGUGUUCUUCUGGGGGGCGAAGAAAAUUCAACGAGAAAAAAAAUGCAGAACAUCAUCGACUUCGAGACGAAAAUAGCUGAAAUAACGACGCCUCAAGAAGAACGAAGGGACGAGGAAAAGAUGUACAAUCUCAUGACUUUGCAAGAGCUGCAAGAAAAGGCACCAUUCUUUUCGUGGCUCAAAUAUUUUCAAAACGCGACGAGCUUAUUGAACAAGACCAUAAGCAAUCAAAUGAAAGUAGUAGUCUACGCUCCUGAUUAUUUAAGAAAAUUAACUGAACUCGUACGAGAUUAUAAGAAGACUGACGAAAAGAAAACAAUUUUAAAUGAUUAUUUGGUGUGGCAAACCGUUCGGACUCUGACCUCGUGUCUGUCGAAACCAUUCCGAGAUGCCUACAAGGGACUACGCAAGGCCCUGAUCGGUUCGGAAGGUCAUGAGGAGCAGUGGCGCUUCUGUGUUAACGACGCCAACAACGUCAUGGGCUUUGCAAUUGGAGCCAUGUUCGUGAGGGAAGUGUUUCAUGGGAAAAGUAAACCAAUGGCUGAAGAAAUGAUCAACGAAAUCAGAAGUGCAUUUACGAAAAAUCUCAAAAAUUUAGACUGGAUGGAUGCUGAGACACGCAAGUCUGCUGAGCAAAAAGCAAAUGCUAUUACCGACAUGAUCGGCUUUCCCGACUUCAUUCUCAACCCAUCUGAAAUUGACGAUGGAUUUAAAAAUCUUCAGAUAAAUCCAAACGAGUACUUCAUGAAUAACAUAAGAAUAAAUGUUUUUACGUUGAAGAAAAAUCUUGAAAAAUUGGAUCAGCCAGUCAAUAAAACUUCGUGGAUCAUGACCCCACCAACUGUCAACGCCUACUACACGCCGACCAAAAAUCAAAUUGUUUUUCCCGCUGGAAUUUUGCAGAGUCCUUUUUUCGACAUGAAAAAUCCCAGUAGUUUGAAUUUCGGUGGAAUGGGUGUGGUUAUGGGCCACGAGCUCACUCAUGCAUUUGAUGAUUUAGGUAGAGAGUAUGACUUAAAUGGAAAUUUGCAUCAAUGGUGGAACAAUGCGACAAUUGACAGAUUUAAAAAUAGAACGGAAUGUUUUGUUGAUCAAUAUCAUAAUUAUGAAAUCAAGGGACGGCGCGUUAAUGGUCGACAAACUUUAGGAGAAAAUAUUGCCGAUAAUGGUGGACUCAAAGCUGCAUACCAUGCUUAUUUAGCUAAACAUAAAAAUAUGGAUGACCUUCUGUCAUUACCUGGACUGGAUCUUAGUCACGAACAGUUAUUUUUUGUCAAUUUUGCUCAGGUUUGGUGCUCGGCAGCAACUACGGAAGCAGUGAGUCUUCAAAUUGAAAAAGAUUCGCAUUGUCCUGCUAAGUAUAGAGUUAUCGGACCCCUUUCGAAUCUCGAAGAGUUUUCCAGAGAAUUUAACUGCCCAAAAGGGUCGAGAAUGAAUCCAAUUCAUAAGUGUGAGGUUUGGUAAAUUAUAUAAAAACACCAAAAAAUGUUAUAGCAUUUUUUUUUGUAAAUUACUACCAGAUUUUUUUUAAAUUUGCCACUGAUAUAUGGUUACUCACGAAUUUAGUUAUCUUCGAAGAAUUUUUUCUUCAAGCUUUCAAAUUCAUCCCCUUAUCGAAGGGCGUCUGAAUUCUUCAAUCGUAAUGUUUAAUUUUUAAAUGAAAAUGUAAAUCAAACUUCCAGUCACAAAGUAUAAACGAUGUAAAAUAUAAGGCUAUAAUGAAUGUUUAUAAGAGCUAUAAAAAAGUCUGUAUAGAAAGGUCUUUUAUCUUAUACAAAAACUAACUAUUAAGUUAACUAACAAUUGUGGAGUGCAUGAAAUCUUCAAGUUUAAGUUAAUCUAUUUUCAUCAAUUAACAAGAAACAGCAAUCGUGGUUAAAAAUAUUAAUACAGAAGUGAAUCUGAAGUUUAAAUCUUAUUUGGGGCUGUACAUAACUACGCCGAAAUUUUACACUUUUAUAUAUUAUGAAAUUUUUAAUUGGUAAAAUAGAAUUUUCAAAGAAAAGCUUUUGAAAAACGUGAAAACGAGAAAAAUGAUGGUAGUACAGCGUUUGCCCUGUUAAAUCAACAAAAGUAUAUAGUCGAUGUUUCAUUGUUUCUGCUGGCAGGAUAAGUAGUAGUCUUAGAAUUUUAUUUUUAAAAAAGAAACAAAUCAAAUGAAAUAUUUUGAAUCGACAAUAUUCAAGAUAUCGACUAAUUAACUUAUAAAGAAUAAAGUAUAUGUUUCAAUAGUUUCAUUGAAAGCAACUUUAACUCCUAUGUACUUUUAAGUUUUUGAGCGUAACUAAAAACUAUAUAUUUCAUUGUAUAUACAGCGAAUAGUUUUGAUUUAUAUGAUUUUAAACGUUUUAAAGAAUAAGUAACAAAAAAAGAAAACGCAUGAGAUGUAGAACACAGUGUUUUGCCAGCAUUUUUCGAAAAAAAUUGAAUACCAAAAAAAAAAAGAAAAAAAGAAUGGUAGUUUGUUUAAUCCGAAAGAGCUUAAAUAGGGACUAUUUAAGACAACAUUUUUAAGACAUUAAUCAUUACCAAGAGAUUUUUCAACAUAAUCAUUUGUAGACUAUAAAAAAUUUUUUGAAACAACAUUUUUUUGAUCCAGCCAAUUUUCUUUCUUGAUUUCAAAAUGUAUAAUUGUAUUGAUUAAUGCACAAAAAAUCAUGAACGAGUUUCAAACUGGUUUUUGAGGCCCGAAAGAAAACUUGUUAUCUUAAUUGGUACUCUGAAUCCUCAAAAUUUUUUUAAAAAUAGUCGUUCUAGAUUUUAUGCAGUUUUCUUGUCAUAAAAAACCAAAGUUUCAUAAAGGUAUAGAUAUUUUAAGUAAAAAUACGCAAAAAUUCUGUGAUAGUAAAAAUUGUAAUAAAUGCAUAAAUUUAAUCCUCAUAUUUACCUUCUUUAGCAGUAAAUGCAGUGAAAAGUGUGAACAAAGAAAAUAAUUACUAUGAUUAAAGAACAAACAUUCUAGCUCAAAGUCUAACGCUCCAAGUAUAGAAGUUGUAAAACGGUAUCUACUAAAAUUUUCUAAUUUUCGUAAAUAUUUACGUUGAUAUUUACUUUAUUCAAUACAACAGAUCGAACCGUGAGUUUGAAAACCUUAUAGCAUAUAAUUGAUGAGAACUUGGCAAUAUAUGGCAUCUCAUCAAAAAAUUUAGACAAUAAUUUGCAAGAUAAGAAUUUUGACCCAUUUCUUUCAAUUAUCAUGGAGGCAAUUUUUAAUAAAAAUUUUUUCUACAAUCUGCUCCGUUCAAUGUCACUUUGGUGUGAAAAUAAAAAAUUUAUUAAAUGGUUGUCUUUUUACUAAUGUACUGUGUUAUGUAUUUUGAUGGUAUUUAAACUCUUUAUAAAUAAUGCGUUGACGCAAGUAUGUAUUCAAUUGACAUAGAAUGAUAUAUUAAAAUUCAUUUCAAAUAAAGCUUUGCCUGGCGUUAUUCGAAAAGACUGGAAUGAUCAAAUAAUCAUUUCUGAGAUAAAUUUAUAUUUAAAAUUUUCUGUGCGUUUUAAAUCUUUACAAAUAAUAUCAUGUGAAUGAACAGUAUUUAGUACUAUGCGUAUGAAAAUGUUCAUAAAGUUAUUCAUUUUGUACAGAAAUUCUAAAUGUAGUUGGAUGCCAUUUGUAUAAAAUAAAAGUAAAAUAACUUCUAACAAUUUCAGUGAAUAUUUACGCAUUUCAAUGGAAGCUGCACAAUUUACGCAUCAAGAUAAGUUAUACAAAAUAUCUUCGAAUGAUAGAAAAUUGUUAUUAUUUAAAUAAUCGAAAUUUGUUAUAGAUUUGAAAGUAUUAUGAUAUGAACGUAAAAGUUUUAUGGAGUGAAAAUCACAAAGAUUUAAGGCCUUUAAAAGAAGUGAAUACAGUAGUCACCGCUUAAGAAAAUCUCGUUCAAGAGAAUCAGCCGGUAACUUGCUUCAAAAUAGAUGUCCCUAUGUGAUUCUUUUAAGCAGCGACCACUGUAUUUGUAUAUUUGUUUUUACAUGUAUCAGUUUAAAAUCGAUUUAAGUUAAAAACUUAGAUAUUUAUGUAUUUUAUAGUAAUUGGAUGUUAAGUAAUAAUUACAUUUAAUAAAAUGUGUGAGAAUUUUAAAA